AAUGUCCAAAUUGUGUUCACAGCGUUCAAGUUUUGUGUUGUCCACAAAUGAAAAAAAUAGAAUGUUCAAAGCUAAAUAUAAUGGGAAGGUCCGUCCACUUUGCAGCUCAGCUGCCUUCGUCCAUUCCAAACUUAUAGUCGUACAGAAUCAAAUAGCCGGAAUGAAUGAAUUAAAAUAAUCAUCUUAAGUCCUAGCUAUGUCCUAUAUUAUGAGCAUAUGCAUUUGAGGUCUCCUAAAAGUGUACUCUUCAUCUUCCAAUGAGUGGAGAUAGACAGAUUGAUCCAACAGUCGUUCAUCCAUCCAUUGCUCUUCUGCAAGAAAGGUUCAGACAGUUGGAGAGAGCCAAGGAGAUGAGGCAGGAGAAAGAACUCUUACGGAUGUUGCCUGAAUCAACGCAGAUCAAUGCAGCUAUAACUUAUGUACCAUCUAGAUCGCUUUUCCACCCUGAACUCAUGCUUUCACAGCUGCCUCUUCAGUGUACACUCAAAAUAGAAGCCAGUAUGCAGAGCAGGAAUACCCAGGUUCACGCCAUUCAGACUCCAUUACUGGAGAAUUUAUGGUCCAGAGACACUGUGAUAUGCACAACUUACCAUGAUGAUAUUUCAGAUGUUUGAUACUUCAUCUGUGAAAAAGUAUUACAAUGUUAGUCCACCUAGUAAUCCUGUGGUUUCCUUCUGUUUCUUCUUCAUGGGGCACUAAGAAUAUGAGAAGGAAAAGGAGGAGCUAAAGAAAAAGAAAACAGAAUAUGCAAUGUAGCUAAUGGCCAUUAUCUUAUGUAUCUUCAGAACUACAUAGUAAUCAGAAAGAUAAUUCUCUUAUCUCUUCCAAAAUGCAUCUCAUCAUAGGUAAUGUUAUCCAAUUUGUCACCGUUCCCUUUCCUCUUCAUGAUUUUGCGAAUCAAUCAAGUUACAUCUUUGGCCUCUGACAUUGCUUCCCCAUUGUUUAUCUGCUUAGAACGAACAGCACUAACCUUUCGGGCAUUUGCAGCUAAUAUCUGCACCAGGGACAACAUUUC